AUGAUCCAUCACCGCCGCUACAAAAGAGACAAAGCUGUGGAGAAGUUCGUUCCUUUGGCGCCGUCCUACGAACUAGUUCUUUCUCACGAUGAACCACCUCAUAUCGACUCCACACUUUCUGUCACCGUUGAAGAAGGCCAGACAAUACGUCUGAAAUGCACCGCUGGAGAAGGAAUUGACGAGCAAACGCUUAAAUUUGAACGAGAACUAGAAGAGGUUUCUGGAAAACGCACACCGAGGAGCGUCAGUCAACACAUAUUUAACUUUGACGAUGCAGCACAUAGCGGACUGUACGAGUGCUUCGCACGCACCACUUCGGGAGAAGAACAUUCGCGGAAGAUGAGAGUCUCAACGAAGGCUGUUCUUCCAAGAGACUUCGUACCUUGCCCUAAUGGUGAUGAUUUCUGCGGAGCCAAUGGACGAUGCGGAAUGAAGGGCCAAGAUAAGAUUUGCGUAUGCGACCCUGGCUACGUCGGACAACAGUGUGAGCAUCUUCUUGUAAAAGACUACUUAAGUGAGUUUCCGAUAUCGAGUGCACCACAGAAGCGGCGAAUGAUGCAAACUAUGUCCACAGGGAAUUCAAUUUUAGUUACAACUGCGAAGGUUGUCGCCGGCGCAGGAGGAACUCUCAAUGUUACUCUCAUAUUCCUUACAGUACUCUUCGCUACCUUAUUUAUUAAAGAGAGAAAGCGUUUACGACUUCUUCGAUCUCAACAGUCAUACUCAGUAGAAGAGCAGACAUUCUUCGUAAAGCCACAAAACCCCUACAGCGAGGGUGAUUCGACGAGUCGAGAAAAAGUUCACCUUCAACGAGGUUACGCUUUCGACCAAUCAAUUCAUCGCUCUACACGCCCGUCAGCCCUUCGAAGAUUCCGAAUUGCUAUCAGAGACCGCCUUUCUGCUAAACCAAGUGGAAUCUCAGCAGAAACACCGCCGAUCACAUAA